AAUGACAUCUGACCAAUGUGCAAACCAGUGCCAACUUGGGCUGUUUUAUAAGCCAAUUGGAACAAUAGAACAUACACAGUCCCUCGCAAGUCACUCUCGUUUGACUGGAGUGUUAUUUUAUUUUUAACUUCUUAUAUCAUAAAAUAACCUCUUAUAUACAUAUAAAUGCUGGUUCAUGGCAUUGUGUUGCAUUUCGUUACAUUCACAUUGUAUGAUAUUGUGGUAUCAUAUACUUGAAAAAAAUUCAAUUUUGGAUAAGUCGGAUAAGUCCUCAAAAUUUUUUCAGAGCUGCUUCGUUUAAGAUGGAUGAUGAACAGGCACCACUAAUAAAGAAGAUUAAAAUCGAAGCUGCGCCUCACUCUGUUAUGGAAAUUUGUAAUCGUCAGAUUUCCAAACUCAGGGACAACGUCAAUGAAAAGUUCUCAUCAAUUGAAGCAAAUUUAAAAAGCGUCUCAAGUGCGUGCAGCCUGAUUUCCAGCAGAUUGGGUAGCAUUGAAGCAUCGAUUAAAUCUCAGCAAAGCCAGAGGCACCCUUGCUGUCAAGAGGUUCUUAGCGCGCUUAAAUCCAUUAAGCAGGAUGUUGCAUUGUUGAAGAAUGAGACUGCUGGUGCGCCAGUAGUGCUGGUGGCCAACUCAGGGUGUGACCAGACUUCACAGGUGGAGGCCAAUGUCAGCAUUGAUUCAAAGAUGCAGGUUAUCACGUUGAACAAAGAAGAUGACUAUCCUGAUGGCUCUUGGCUUGGAGAUGAGAGCAAUCCUGAGGGUCGGGUGCGAGUGCCAAUUUCACCUACGGACUUGAUCCACAUAAAUGGCUAUUGCACCACUCCUGAGAAAAUGGCGCUUGUUCUGCUCGACUAUUUAUUUCCUCGAGAUGUUCUGGCGGUGUCUAAUUUAUCUGGAAAAAGCAAACAUGGCAAGAAGCAGCUGUCGCCAUUGAUGAUCUAUGGCAUUCGUUGUCAGCUUGUACACAAAUUCAAAAUAUCUGAGAAAGACUGGUGUCGUAUUAAGCAAAAUAUGGACUCAAAGUGCAGAACUGCGUGGAGGAAAAAGCUUCAAGGAUUGCCUUUGGGAGGUUUUAAGCACCGAGAAAUUGGGGAUGAUGGUGAUGAAGAUGAAAACAGUAAUGAUGAUAUGCAUCCAGUGAUAGUGUCUACCAGUAGUAUCGACGAGGGUGGCUCCGUUUCUUUGGACCCUGAGACACUUCAGCUUUUGCAAAGUGGCCAUGGAGACUCAAUCAAGGUCCUCACAGCCUCUUCAGAACAGCUUGUCAAAUACCAGCAAGUGGUGCAAAAUGACCAGCUUCUACCAGUUUGGGCUCUUCAGGAUGGCUCAGGAAUUCUAGCCACUGACAGCAAUGGCGAGCUUUUUGUCACAGAUCCUGAUUCAUUGUCGAUUGGUGAACAUUCAACUCUGGCAUUAGUCACUCCCAGCGGAAUUGUCAUGGAAAGGUCCAACUCUAUUAUCGGCAUCACAGAAGACUCGGUGGACUCGGGUGAUAUUAAGGAUAUUUAGAUUGAUAUUCCCAGACUGAAGAUUUAAAAUUAUUUUGUUUGAUACCCUUAAGUUGCAAUAUUUUGAAGUUGAUUAAUAAAUCAAAAAAAUUAAAUUAA